AUGACCGGUUCAUUAUUAGUUCAUCGUCAACUUAGUGUUGUAGCAGGUAAUUCAAGUAAAGAUAAAGUGAUUCGACCAAAACUUCGUCGAUGUUCUUCAGCUGAAGAUCAUAAUACAAUCCAAGUACUAACUGAUGAUCAUCGACGUAUAACUAAUUCAUUAAUUCAAAAUGAUCAAACAACAAGUGAUAAUGAUUCAGGUAUUGAAGAUUUUGAUCAACAAGUUAUAAAUCAUGUUCGAUUACAAUCAAAUAAUAUUGAUGAUGAAGAACCAUUAACACAAUUUGGUGCUUGUGAUGAUGAAGGUUUUGAAGCCAAUCCAAUUCAAAUUCUUAAUAAAAAAUAUCAACAACUUUUAGAUCUUUAUAAUGAUCUUGUUCUUGCUAAAAAAGUACCAGAUAGUGAAAAAAAGAAUAUUUGCUUGAAUACAUGUGAAGUAUUUCAUGGUGAAUUCGCUCGUGAUAUAAUCUGUCCACUGGCUUUGAAUUAUUCUGAUUAUAAAUAUUCUCUUUUUGCUGAAAGUGAAUUACAUGGUGAUCCAUGUGAAUGGCCUGGUUUUGCUUUUGUGAAACUUGAUAAUGCAAAGGCACAAUUCAAAUGUCCAAAUAUCUAUUGUGGUCGCUUAUGGACCUCAAUGCGUGCUCGAAUAUCAUUUAAAAUUAGUCAUCCACAACCGAACGGUUUCGUUGCACUUAAAAUUUACGGACAAGUUUGCCAACAAUGUGAAACAUUAGCUGAUGCAUUGUGGUAUACUGAGGAAGUUUGUCGUGUGAUUAAAAAUUUAGCUCAAUCAAUAUUUAGUUCAUUUUUUCCUGAAAUUAUUUUAUAUGAUGGUUUACAACGUACAGAAACGAUUAAAAAUAUUAAUAACAUUUCUGAACGUUCACGUCAUGAUCGUAAUCAACGAACAGGAAGAAUGCGUGCACCACAUGAUAAAUUUCAUUGUGAAGCGUGUCAACGUGGCAUAUGUUUUAGUUAA